UGUUCUGAGAGCGGAAGCCCGGGUGGGCGACUGUGUUGGGUGUGUAACAGAAACUUCCUGGAUGUCGCGGUUCACCUGCCGAAACUGAAGAGAUAAUUCACACAAAAACACAAUCGCCUGCUCAUAUAUCCAACAAACUGACAUUUCAUCGCUACCUUACGUCACCUGUGUGGAAGCGGAGAGAACAUUCAUCAUCUGAAGCAGAGAAGUCAGUGACGCGCUGCUGGAGCAUUCAGAGAACACAAAGGAUGAGGGUGUUUCCUGGUGGAAAUGAUGAAGAGUUCCCCAGCUAACCGCGGUCGGGACAUCGAGCGUCAGGCAGGAUAUCUGCGCCCAGAGCACUGCAUGCCUCCCCCUCCGCAGACACACUCGGCCGGUGACAUGUGGUUCAUCCGGGACUGCUGUGGCAUCGUGUGCGGCGUGAUCACGUGGCUGCUGGUCUUCUUCGCCGAGUUUGUGGUCAUCUUCGUAAUGCUGUUGCCGUUGAAGAGUAUGCUGUACAGCCUAGUUAAUGGUGCCUUGUUUAACGGACUGGCCUUCCUCGCCCUGGCCUCACACUUCAAGGCCAUGUGCACCGACCCGGGAGCCGUUCCGAAGGGAAACGCCACUAAAGAGUUCAUUGAGAGUCUGCAGCUCAAGCCUGGACAGGUGGUGUAUAAAUGUCCCAAAUGCUGCAGCAUCAAACCUGAUAGAGCUCAUCACUGCAGUGUGUGUAAGCGCUGUAUCAAGAAGAUGGACCAUCAUUGUCCCUGGGUCAACAACUGUGUGGGAGAGAGCAACCAAAAAUACUUUGUGCUUUUCACUAUGUACAUUGCUUUGAUUUCUCUUCAUGCUCUCAUCAUGGUGGCUGUAAAUUUUGUCUUCUGUUUUGAAGAAGACUGGGCAAAGUGCAGUUCCUUCUCUCCUCCGACGACCCUCAUCCUCCUCAUCCUCCUGUGCUUUGAGAGCCUGCUCUUCCUCAUCUUCACUGCUGUGAUGUUCGGGACACAGGUUCACUCCAUCUGUAACGAUGAGACUGGAAUCGAGCAGCUGAAGAAAGAAGAGAGACGAUGGGCCAAAAGGUCCAAGUGGAUGAACAUGAAGGUGGUGUUCGGUCACCCGUUCUCUGUGGCCUGGCUGAGUCCGUUUGCCCCGCCGGAUCACGGGAAGGCCAAUCUCUACCAGUAUGUGGUCUGAGACGUCUCUACACAAACAUCUCUCUUUGCUUUUAACUCCGUCUGCUCUGAAAGACCUCAGCGCACAGGACUCUAGUGGCCUGUUUCUGCUCGAGAGUGACUCUGACGUCCAGCUGAUCUGUUCUAAUCAAUCCCACACUGUGAACACUGGCCUUUAUCAAUGAUGUUUGAGAUGAACUGGAUCUAGAGGCCUUGAGUAUGGAACUUACUAACCAUCACCAGCCGUGGCAAAUAACUCAAAAAGU